UUCGAACUCACCGACGAGCAUGUUGUCAAGAAAAUGAAGUGAUAACCGGAUCUAUUUUUAACGCGAGAUCCGUUACUAUCGAAACAUUAAAACUGCCAACAAGAAUCUGAUGUAAUUAACAGUAUCUGUUUAGACAUCGCCGGUUUGUUACAAAAUGGGCGUGUGGUUGAUUCUUUUGGGAGUUGUUCUCGCGCUCCUCUUCCACAGGAAGGUCUACCAGCCGAUUCAGUACUGGAAGAAGAGAAAAGUUCCCUGCGAUGUUCCAGUGCCGUUUGUCGGGAACCUGCUGCAGUCACUGUUGAAAAGGAAGUCAAUGAACCAGGUUAUGACGGACGCGUAUAAUAAGUACUCGAAGCACAGGUACAUUGGUUUCCAUUGCUUUGGCACACCGACCUUAUUUAUACGUGACGUCGAGCUUGCGAAGCAAAUCACCAUCAAGGACUUUGAUUCCUUCUCCGACCAUCGACUAUUCGUACCCAAGGGGGUGGAUAACUUAUGGGACAAACUAACUUUUAUCAGAACAGGUUCCGACUGGCAAGAGCACAGAAGAAUUGUAACUCCCGCUUUCACACUAAGCAAACUGAAAGUGAUGUUCCCCAACUUGGCCAAGAGCACCAAUCGCUUAAUCCAAAGCAUCCUCGAACACAACAAAACCGUCAGCGGAAACAUACGCCCCAUGGUUAUGAAGCUUGCCAACGACUUCACCCUGGACUACUUCAUGGGGAUUGAGUGCGACUCCUUCAAGGAUCCCAACAAUGAGUUUCUGAGGAUGGCUAGGAAAACGUUUUCAAUGCCCAAAAUUAAGGGGUUCUUGUUCUUCAAUGCCGCCUAUAACAGCGCGGUGGCAAAGAUUUUAGGCAUCAAAUUCUUCGAGACGGAAGGCAAGCUCUUUUAUCGGAAACUGAUUAAGGACGCUUUGGAAUACCGGCAAAAGCACAACAUCACGCGAAUCGACAUGCUGCACUUGCUCCAUGAAAGUUUGUUGGAAAACAAGAAGGAUGUCAACAAUCGUAAGGAUUCCAAUGAGCUGACUGACGAAAUUGUGGCGCAGUUGAUGGGGAUGUACUUCUCCAAUUUCGAUACCUUUUCCAUUACCAUGUGCAAUUUCAUUUACGAGUUGGCGUUACAGCCGGAAGUUCAAGAGAAGUUGAUCGUGGAAAUUGACGAGACGUGGAGAAGCUGCGACGGCAAGCUGACGCAUGACAUUCUGAUGCAGAUGAAAUAUUUAGACAUGGUUUACAAAGAGUGCUCGCGUUUGCGUAGCAACACGACGUUUGUCGAUCGCAUCGUCACAAAACCGUACACCAUUCAGCCAGUGCUACCACACGAAAAGCCCUUACACUUGGCGACCGGACAGGACAUAACGAUUCCGCUUUACUGCUUCAUGCGCGAUGAGAAAUACUUCCCGAACCCUCUGAAAUUUGAUCCCGAGAGGUUUAACGAGGAAAACAAGGCCAAAGUGGACCAGCGCGCGUUCUUACCGUUUAGUUCCGGUCCAAGGAAGUGCAUAGCCGCGCGUCUAAUUUCCCUUGAAAUUAGGCUGAUGCUGUUCCACUUUUUGUUACGGUUCCGGUUUGUACCGACCGAGAAGACUGUGAUACCUUUCGUGGAGAGCAAACGGCAUAACAUCAUGAGCAGCGAGUACGACUACUGGAUUGGAUUGGAACCGAGACAGGACGUCGAUCAGUCAUACUUUCAUUAGUUAUACUUUUUUUUAACAAUUAAAUUUAAUCAAAUCUUA